AUGGAUGAUAGUUCUGACGAAAGUUUUGAAGGCGUUGAAGAAUUGAACGAAAACGAUGAAGUCAGGUCGGAAAACGUAAACGAUGAAGUAAAGUCGGAAAACGAAAACGGUGAAGUCAAGUCGGAAAACGAAAGUGGCGAAAAUAAGCUAGAAGAUGGCGAAGACAAAGAGGGGGACGAUAAAAAUGAGGCCAAAUCAUCUGAUAAACUGAAUGAAAAAAAUGAACCAGAUCCUACCGAUAAAAACGAAAAUAAUAUUUCGGACGAAGCGAACAAUUUGCAAGAUUGUUCCAAUUUUACCUUUGACAAAAGUUUAUUCUCCGCACCAAAGUUCCAUCCCCACUAUCUCAUGAAAGACCACGCUGUGCAGUACCUUCAGCCCAUAAUUAAGAAGGCCAGAAGAAGAACUUUCAUGUACUGCUGCUGA